AUGAAGCAGAGACGACUCCUUACCAAGUACAGACUCAGUGACCACAACCAAGCCAUAGACAAAGAUUUCCGAAAGUCUCUCUCUCUCUCUCUCUCAGACAGUGUGAGGCUGGUGAAUGGUGGCAGCCCCUGUGCUGGGAGAGUGGAGGUUGGCCAUGAUGGAGAGUGGGGGACAGUGUGUGAUGAAUGGUGGGACAUGAGUGAUGCUGGGGUGGUGUGCAGACAGCUGGGCUGUGGAGAUGCUGUAGAUGCACUAGGAGAGGCUCACUUUGGACCAGGGUCUGGAAGAAUAUGGAUGGAUGAUGUGUCCUGCAGUGGAUCAGAAUCCUCACUGAAGCAGUGUAGGUCACGAGGAUGGGGUGAACAUAACUGUGAUCAUGGAAUGGAUGCUGGAGUGAUCUGCUCAGAGGUCAGGCUGGUGGGCGGGACUGACCCGUGCUCUGGGAGAGUAGAGGUGCAUCAUGGGAGCUCCUGGGGCACGGUGUGUGAUGCUGACUUUGACCAGCAGGACGCAGAGGUUGUGUGCAGGGAGCUGGGCUGUGGGGCUCCUAAAGAGCUGCGUGGGGCAGCUGCAUUCGGCCAGGGCGAGGGCCAGGUGUGGGCAGAGGAGAUUCAAUGUAGAGGCAACGAAUCUCAGAUUUACUUCUGCCCAAGAAAACCCUCACAGAAUCAAUCCUGCUCCCAUGGAAACAAUGUGGGCCUUGAGUGCAGGGAGGAUGUGAGGCUGGUGAAUGGUGGCAGCCCCUGUGCUGGGAGAGUGGAGGUUUACCAUCGGGGAGAGUGGGGGACAGUGUGUGAUUAUGACUGGGACAUGAGUGAUGCUGGGGUGGUGUGCAGACAGCUGGGCUGUGGAGAUGCUGUAGAUGCACUAGGACGUGCUCACUUUGGACCAGGGUCUGGGAGAAUAUGGAUGGAUGAUGUGUCCUGCAGUGGAUCAGAAUCCUCACUAAAGCAGUGUGGGUCACUAGGAUGGGGUAAACAUAACUGUAAUCAUAGAAAGGAUGCUGGAGUGAUCUGCUCAGCUCCUCAAAUUGUCAGGCUGGUGGGCGGGACUGACCUGUGCUCUGGGAGAGUAGAGGUGCAUCAUGGGAGCUCCUGGGGCACGGUGUGUGAUGCUGACUUUGACCAGCGGGACGCAGAGGUUGUGUGCAGGGAGCUGGGCUGUGGGGCUCUUAAAGAGCUGCGUGGGGCAGCUGCAUUCGGCCAGGGCGAGGGCCAGGUGUGGGCAGAGGAGAUUCAGUGUAGAGGCAACGAAUCUCAGAUUAACUUCUGCCCGAGAAAACCCUCACAGAAUCAAUCCUGCUCCCAUGGAAACGAUGUGGGCCUGGUGUGUUCUGGUAAGAGAAGGAGGCUGGUGGGCGGCACUGACCUGUGCUCUGGGAGAGUAGAGGUGCAUCAUGGGAGCUCCUGGGGCACGGUGUGUCAUGCUGACUUUGACCAGCAGGACGCAGAGGUUGUGUGCAGGGAGCUGGGCUGUGGGGCUCCUAAAGAGCUGCGCGGGGCAGCUGCAUUCGGCCAGGGCGAGGGCCAGGUGUGGGCAGAGGAGAUUCAGUGUAGAGGCAGCGAAUCUCACAUUUACUUCUGCCCCACAGCACCCUCACAGAAUCAACCCUGCUCCCAUGGAAACGAUGUGGGCCUGGUGUGUUCUGGGUACACAGAGUCCAGGCUGGCUGGCGGCCAUGACAUCUGCUCUGGUCGAGUGGAGCUGAAGUACCAGGGCUCUGUUCUCUCCACUCUGGACGGGACGGUUCGGCUGGCUGGAGAGAGUGAAUGUGGGGGCCCAGUGGAGGUGUACGACCAGGAGACCUGGAGCAGAGUGGGGGGGUCCUGGAGCUCCAGGGAGGCGUCGGUGGCCUGCAGGCAGUUGGGCUGCGGCUCUGCGGUGCAGGUCUACAGCUCCUCUCCGUCUGGGACGGGGGCCAGUGACGUGUGUCUGACGGGGUUUGAGUGCUCCGGGAGAGAGUCUCACCUGAGGAACUGCAGAACUCCACACAAUCUCACCUGCAGCUCCAGGGAACGGGUGUCCAUCGUCUGCUCCAGUGAGUACAGCUUGCUGAUCAACUACCGCCGGUCCCUCAGGCUGGUAGGGGGAGGGGGGCGCUGUGCGGGGCGGGUGGAGGUGCUCCACGACGGUUCUUGGGGGACGGUUUGCGAUGACUCCUGGGACCUGGAGGAUGCUCAGGUGGUGUGCAGGCAGCUCCAGUGUGGGACGGCCCUCAGUGCCCCGCUACCCUCCUUCUUUGGGCCAGGAAAUGGACCCGUCUGGCUGGAUGAGGUGGGCUGUGUGGGGAACGAGACGUCCCUUUGGGACUGUCCCACAUCCGGAUGGGGACAGACUGACUGCGGACAUGAGGAGGACGUGGGGGUCGUGUGUUCAGAAUUCAAGGAGAUGAGGCUGAGUGAAGGCUGUUCUGGGAAUUUGGAGGUUUUCUACAAUGGCACCUGGGGCAAUGUGUGCUGGAAUGGGAUGGAGGAAGACACAGCUACUCUCAUAUGUCAGGAGCUGAACUGUGGGAACACGGGUAAAGUGUCUCAAACAGGACCGAGAGUGGAAUCUGCUCCAAACUGGCUGGAUCAUGUCCAAUGUCGCCCACAUGACUCCACUCUGUGGCAGUGCCCAUCAGCCCCUUGGGGUGAAAAUAAGUGUGAUAAAACAGUGGCUGUGCUCAACUGUGCAGCGGAAGAGGAUGAGAAUGUCCCACGGAGCAAGUUGUCAUGUUGCUCAGUGAAAAAUCAGAGACCUUGUACAAAUCACUGGCCCCUCCGGGUGGUGGGGGGGGCAGGCGGGUGCUCUGGGAGGCUGGAGGUGUUCCUUGGGGGCUCCUGGCGGUCGGUGUGUGGAGACUCCUGGGACACGAUGGAUGCCUGUGUGGUGUGCAGACAGCUGGGCUGUGUGUUAGCACAGGGGGCUCAUGGUAAUGCUACUUGUGGGACGGGGAAUGGCACCCUCUGGCUGACUGAGGUGAACUGCAGGGGCACUGAGCUGCACCUGUGGGACUGCCCACACUCUGUGCACAGCAGCUGCCGAUCGCAGAACCAGGCUCUGGUCACCUGCACAGCUGUGACCACGCCCACGUCCAAACCUCCCCCGGCCUCUCCUUCCGGCCUGUCUAUCCCAGCAGUGGCCUUCCUGGUGAUGGGGGUGCUGAUCUUCCUGCUGCUGGUGCUGCUGGGGGUUCUGCUGCUCCAGAACAGAGAUCUGAGGAGAGCCCUGUCUCAGUGGGACCACGCCCGUCUCCUCGAGCCCAUCUACGAGGAGAUCAAGUACAACCUGGAGAGCGGGGAAACGGACAGCGCCCCCCGGUGGGGGAGGAGCCUAUCUGAGGACCCGCCCUCCGGGUAUGAAGACGUGGGGGACAGCAAGGGACACUCCCUCUCAGGCGUCCAGUUCUUAGGUCUGCUGAUCCCCGAAGGGGAGCCGGAGGUGAAAGUGCAAGAGUCCCUUCCUCUGGAGCUCUACGGCCAGUUCUGCAUUCCGUGCCUCAAAGACCGAUUCCCUGCUGCUCGCCGCCUCGCCAGGCCCCAACAAACGCUCCCUUGUGAGGGUGGAUGCCUCUGUCAGAGCGGAUGGCAGGACCCCCCCGUGUGCCUGGCGGUGGCUGAGAGGAGCUGCAGCAUCGGGGGGGGGGAGCUGCCCGCCGUCAGGCCGCCGUUUGAGAGGUGGAGCCACUGA